UUUCUUCUGGUUCCGCUUGCCGCUUAUCGCUUGUGUUUUUUUUCCUGUUUUUUGCAUCCCUUUCAGAAUCGGAUUGCAACUGACCGCGUGUGCAUUUCUCUUAUUCUCAAAACAGGAAAAGCAACAACGGAUAUCUAAAUAUACAUUUGAGGAGGGAGAAUGACUAAGAGCUCUGUGGUUUCGUCAACUGCAUCUUCACAACAACAGUCAAGCACAUAUCAACAAAACCGGACCCCUCGUGUUUGUGACCCUCUUGCACUCUCGAUGGCUCUUGACGCUCUUGAAGUGUCAUCACAGGAUGGUGGUUUACCAAGCUUGACAAAGGAGUCUCUAUUCCUUUUGAAUUUGAAUAAUGAACAGGAACAUUUGAAGCCACAAAAUUCAUUGAUUUUGGCUAACUCGAACUCAGACUUCACCACGACGCCUGAACUUACUAUGUCGUCAUCAUCAAGUCUGGCAUCAUUUGACGAAGCAAGCAAAGAUCGCAUGCAAUUACAAAAAAUUUACAACGACUCCAACUCGUCUAUUGCUACAAUGGUUCAGAAGUUCUCCUCUUCAAAUUCGACAUUGGAUUUACAAGCUGCCGCAAGAGAUUCCACCGCUCAUGUUGAACAUGUAAAUAUUGGAAAGGAAAAGGACGCCAAAGACUUUUCCACAACUUCGUUGUCGAGUUUGAACUCCAAUAUUGACACUGAGAGUACUACUACAGAUGUUACAUUAGGCAAACCAAGACGUUUGAAAUCCUCCCUCAAAUUACCAGGUUUACACCGCUCAAAGUCAUUACCAUCGGCGGCUAAGUCAGUUCGGUUUUCCGCUCACUUGGAGGUUAAGACUUUCAGCGAGCAUUCAAAGCCCUCAUCAAUCUCAUUGGACAACUCACCAGAGUCCUCACCAUCAGGUUCUGACUACGAUUACGAGGAGGAGCCAAAGGCCUUCUUUGACCUAAAGUCGUCCUCGUACUUUAACACAUCAUCUGACGACUCUGACUCUGAAGAGGAUUACUUCUCAUACAAGAAGAAGCUUCGCCAAUCAUCAUGGAAGCUACGUGCUACAAAUUAUGAUUUCUUCAACGUUCACCAUAGACCUCAAGCUGUGAAGCUUACUUCAUUGGCUGUUAGAGGUACACAACUAGUGGGAUCAGUUCAAGUUCGUAACAUUCAUUUUGAGAAAUAUGUUGAGAUAAAGUUCUCUACUGAUUGUUGGAGUUCGAUCUAUUUGGUUACCGCCUCUUAUGCUCGCUCUGUCGAUUCUAUGACUGAUCAGUUCAACUUUGAGAUUGAUCUAAACAGUACCAUUAUGAUGAACUCAAAGCGUAUGCAACGCAAAAACUCUUCACAGCCAAUUUCGGUGGAACUCUGUGCCAAGUACGUCAGUAAUGGUCAAGAUAUAUAUUACGACAACAAUGGUGGUCAGAACUAUCGCUUCCAGUUGGUGUCUACAUUGAAAAAGAAACAGAAGCUACCAAGGAAGCAUACAAAGAGCUCAUCGUAUAUUGACGAGAAUUUUGUCUCUGCUAAGAUCAAUUCCCCACCAAAGGUUAUGACCUCUGGAAGAUACUUCUCUGAUGACACUGACUAUUUCAAUACUUCUGCAGACAAGUACAAAUACUGGCAACCAACUGUGAAGAGUGUUGUUAGUGACCCUUCCACCGUUUGCAGCACACCAUCUGACAAGGUUUUCCCUUCUUCUUUCUCAGCUUCAUUUGCCAAAACCUCACAUAAUGCUACUUUCAAGCCAAUGGAAAACUUGAAAAAUAACGAUUCGUCUUACACCGAUUUCCUGCAAAAGUACUGCUUCUUCAAGUCUGAAGCUCCAAAGUCAAACAGUCAUGAAAACGUUUUCAUCCGUUGAUUUAUUAUAUGUGAUUCUAUCUCAUUAUCUUUCUAA